UUUAGACACAAAAAAAAGAACACGACUGUCUGGUUUAUAUCAACUCCAUUAGCCAUUUAUUGAAUAGACAUGACCUACGUAUUAUUAUUUAUUAAUGCUAUUGUUGUAGCACUGAUGGCCAAAUAUGUAUAUGAUAACGAAAGAAGAUUUGGGGAAAUUUCAGCCAAACUUGACCGAACAGCUGUGGUAGAAGCUCAGAUGGCCCUGGACAUAUCAAAGAAUGAAAAAAGAUUGGAGGAAUUUUUAAACGAACUGAAAUAUGAUCGAACAGUUGUAGCUCAGAUGGUCCAGGACAUAUCUAAUAAUGUAAAAAGAAUUGGGGAAAUAUCAGCCGAACAGAAGAAAGAUCAAUCAGUUGUAGCUCAGAUGGCCCUGAUCAUAUCUAAGAAUGAAAAAAGAAUUGGGGAAAUUUCAGCCGAACAAAAGAAAGAUCAAUCAGUUGUAGCUCAGAUGGUCCUGGACAUAUCUAAGAAUGAAAAAAGAAUUGGGGAAAUUUCAGCCGAACAGAAGAAAGAUCAAUCAGUUGUAGCUCAGAUGACCCUGGCCAUAUCCAAGAUUGAAAAAAGAACUGAGGAAAUUUCAGCAAAACUGAAGAAUGAUCAAUCAGAGAUCAGACCAGCCUUUACUGCUUAUUUUAAAAACGGUGGAUACAUGAAUUUAGGACAUCAGAAAUUAAUAUUUGACUCAGUCCAAUUGAACGUCGGAGGAGGGUACAACCCAGGUACAGGGUAUUUUACUGUCCCAAGAGCUGGACUCUACUUAGUGUCGUGCAAAGUGAGAUCCAAUCAUCGCACACAUCUUCAUGUUUAUCUUAUGAAGAACGACAAGCGCGUCGUAUUAGGAUACGGAGAAAACUAUAAUGAGGGGAGCUUUAGCAUUCCUGUACAGGUAGCAAAGGGAGAUCGCCUUGUUAUUCAUCAUGGCACAACCGGCGAAUCUGUAGAGGGUGGUCUUAGCUCAUUCUUCUCUGCCGUGUUCAUAUCUGACUAGAAACUAAUAAAUAUUUACAUGCUGUUAUGAAAUUGAACAGAAAAAGAUUUGUUGUCAAUUGAGCCUUAAAGCUUUAAACAGAAAUAAUAAACAUACCUGAAUUAG